GAAGUCAGUCGCAUGGACACUAAAAUCAUGUUUAGUAUAUAAAGACGUUUUAAUCAGUGCAAAGUCGUACAUGCGAGUAACAGGCGAUACGGAUUUAUCGCUAUUUGCAAUACAAACAAGAAAGUGAGGUAAAGAAAAGCUUAAAAUAGUUUGGUAGUCGGUAAACGGGGCGAAUAUGUGUGUCACACAAUGUUUGCAAUCACAAAUUACAUUUCAUGAUGCAUCCGAGACGAGUUACGCUUUCACGAUGCGCCGUUGAUUCCCUUGUUCUAAUCAAGGCGACAGUGAAUUUAAAACAAGGCGUAAAUACAUGCUUGAUCGCCUUUAACGUAUCUCCCGCAAGAUAAGAGCGAAAGACAAUAAUAGGGGCGACAAAAGAGUUUUCGCCAUUCAAUUGGUAUCUAUUCGUGUCUAUAUUUGUUCGUGCACAUGAAUACCGCGCUCGUCUCUUUGUUGUGCCGUUUUCUUCUGUCGAUUCAUUAUUAACGAUCAACCGAAAUCGCCGUCUCGCCUUCGUAAACAUACUGCGUGAAGAAGUAUGAGACAAUGGAACGUAAAGAACCUAACGAAUACACUCGCCUCCUUUACGGUAAAUCAAUCUACGAGGCGAUACAAAUCAAUGGAUCUAAUGGAAAACAGAAGGACCCAGAAUCGGUGAAUGACAACUUUAGAUACUAUACUAUUGAACCAAUAUGGAUGAAUAUUCGAUUAUGCAUAUUUUGGUUUCUAUGGGUAUUAUUGAUAGUGGUGCUCCUUGCAUCCAUACUAUCUUAUUGUUGUUUGCAAAUACAAACAUGUACUAAUCUCGGGAAAAUAAUUACCUUGAAUGCCACAAGAGCAUAAAUUUUCCACAUACCGAAGAACGUGAAACUAAUCAAAUGUUUCCGGCAAAAUCCGUGAUAGAAGAUCAGUUGUCGAAAAAAGAUAGUUAUCUUUUAGAUAUAGGAUAAGGUCGUAAUUGCUUAUGCUGCGAAACUGAACGGAGAUCUAAAGACGGCGAGAGAUUAGGACGAAACCAAUUAGGAAGCAACAUAAUAAAUAUUAAGUAGAUUGUACAUACGUGUAUUAUUUUUUUAUUUGUAUAUUUAUCUGUGUAAAAGAAUGUACGUAUCAAUCAUAUUGUAAAAAACUAUUUAUAAAUAUCUCAUGGUAAUUUGUAUUAUUAAUAAAUGCAGCUGUCAUGCAAACGAUACGCACAACUGACGAUUUAUGCCCUGCUUUUUUCAUACAAGCAACGUCAGCAUGUUACACGUACGAAUCGAGCAACAUUUAUAUUUAUUAUAUACAGAAAUUAGAAAAUUUAAGAAUUUGAAUGUCAUAGAAUUCUUUUCUAUUCUCUACAUCUGGGUGGAACAAAAGACGAGAAUUUUUGCUAAAUAUUGUUCUUAAGUAUAUAAAUAACUUUCAUGCCUUCACUUGGCACUCAUGUCGGCCUUAGAAAAUAGAAUAUAAUGUUUCUGAAGUUUUCAACCUAUCCACCCUUCUACUUACUGAGAUUUUACUUAAAAAUUACUAAAGGGACGUCAAAAAUGGUUUCGCUCGAUAUCUUUUACAUCAAGCCGUCCCUGCGUGGAAGUAUUCGUCGAUGAAACGAUCAGUUCUGGGCUAUGGUGUUAUGGAACCCCAGGCAAAAUAUUGUACGAAACGAAUUUUUUUAAUCGUUUAAACAUCUUUUAAACGAUUCUUAACUAUUGUAUACAUAUUUGUAAAAAUCUUUGAAUAAAUUAAUAUAAAAAUAAGCGUACAAACUGA